AUGUAUCCACUCAGGCUGCUCGUUUAUUGUGUCGAUCUUGCUUUAGACGGAAUUUUUAAACUUAAAACGAAGCUUGUAAUUCCUCCUUAUUACUACUUCAUCUUCAUUGACAACUUUAAUCAGAAAAUUGAGCUUUUUACAUUCGAAAAUUAUGAAAACUUAAUUUAUUGUCAUGAAAUUCAGCAAGGUGUUCAAAUCAACGAGUUCUCAGCAUCAACACUUGACUGGAUCCAAAAACCAAUUUUCCCAAAGAAGUACACAAACUUUCAUGGAUGCGAAAUGAACAUUGCAGUCAUGGAAUCUUCAGUUUUAAUUAUCAACAAAAAUAAAAACAAGGAAGGCGAAGGAGACCUGUACACAUCAUUCGAGAAAAUGUUUCUGCCUUUUGAUUCUGUCACAUGGAUAUCAUUAGCAUCAACAUUUACAUCAGCAAUGCUUAUCAUCAAUAUCAUCAAUCGUCUGCCGAAAAACAUCAAGAAAUAUUUUUAUGGAAAAUCAGUUCGAGCUCCUAUUUUGAACAUCUUUCGAAUCUUCUUUGGCAUUGGACAAACUAAGUUGCCUGAUAAACAUUUUGGGAGAAUUAUUUUAAUUUCUUAUAUUUUUUGGUGCUUAGUCAUUCGAACUGUUUAUCAAGGAGUAUUGUUCAUCCUGACAACAAAAGCAGUCACAAAGCCAGUUAUUAAGAGCUUAGAUGAGCUGAGGGACAGGAACUUUACACUUUACGUCCCUAAUUAUACAAGCUCUUUACUUGUUGAUGUCUUGCGUGACUUAUUUAUGCUUCCAACAGAAAAAGUUUCAAAAAAUGCAUAUCGAGAAAUUUACUAUCACAAUUUAUCAGAUCCAUCAUUUAAAGGCACAAUUAUCACAUGCGAUUUAGAGCAUGAUUUAAAUAGUUACAUUGCCGAAACAGCACUUCCCAAAAGAUUCAUUCCAACACCAAUCACAAAAUCAUCAAAUGCAUUUGGUUUUACUCAUCCGAAUUUAUGGAAUGAAAGGUUACAAGACAUAAUUGAUGGACUCAUUUCAGGUGGAGUCAUUGAUCAUUGGCUAGAAGAGUUUCGGAAAUCCAAAUGGGUUUUGAUGUCACAAAAGAUUAAAAACUCUCAUGUAGUUCUUAAUUUGAGUCAUUUGGGUUUUGGGUUUCAAAUUUGGUUUAUGGCAAUUUAUGCAGCCUUUGUUGUGUUUUUGACAGAGUAUGUUGUCUUUUGGAUCUUAAGGAUGUCAGUCAAAAGAAAGAACAACGUUGAUUUAGCAGUUAAAAAAUAUGAAACCCGUCUGGAUGUUAAGGAUUUACUAGAUGGAGAGAAUAAAUUGGAUGUUGAAGAUGAACUGGAUGUUAAGGAUGAACUGGAUGUUAAGGAUGAACUCGAUGUUAAGGAUGAACUCGAUGUUAAGGAUGAACUCGAUGUUAAGGAUGAACUCGAUGUUAAGGAUGAACUGGAUGUUAAGGAUGAACUCGAUGUUAAGGAUGAACUGGAUACUGUGGAUGAACUGGAUGUUAAGGAUGAACUGAAUGAUAACAAUAAAUCACAAGAAAAUCAAAAAGCAUGCUGCAUUGAAGUAGAUUUGUGUGACUUUGAAAUGUAUUUUGGAGAAAAAGUUAAUCAUGAACCAGAUGAAGAAGUUGUGGCUGUGGAUGAACUGAAGAAAACUUAA